AUGGCUCAGGAGAAGAUGGAGCUAGACCUGGAGCUGCCUCCGGGUACUGGCGGGAGCCCGGCGGAGGGCGGCGGCGCUAGCGCCGGCGGGGGCCUCAGGAGGUCUAACAGCGCCCCCCUGAUCCACGGCCUCAGUGACACUUCGCCGGUGUUCCAGGCCGAGGCGCCGAGCGCCAGGCGGAACAGCACAACGUUCCCGAACCGCCACGGCCUGCUGCUGCCGGCCUCCCCCGUCCGCAUGCACAGCAGCCGCUUGCACCAGAUCAAACAGGAGGAAGGCAUGGACUUGAUCAACCGAGAGACGGUCCACGAGCGCGAGGUGCAGAACGCAAUGCAGAUAAGCCACUCCUGGGAGGAAAGUUUCAGCCUGAGUGACAACGAUGUGGAGAAGUCCGCCUCCCCGAAGCGCAUCGAUUUCAUUCCGGUGUCACCAGCACCCUCACCCACCCGGGGGAUUGGGAAGCAGUGUUUCUCACCAUCCUUGCAAAGUUUUGUGAGUAGCAAUGGAUUGCCUCCAAGUCCUAUUCCCAGCCCAACGACUCGAUUUACCACCCGGAGAAGCCAGAGUCCCAUCAACUGCAUCAGACCAAGCGUUCUUGGACCAUUGAAAAGAAAAUGUGAAAUGGAAACUGAGUAUCAGCCAAAGAGAUUUUUCCAGGGCAUCACCAACAUGCUUUCUUCUGACGUUGCACAGCUGUCAGAUCCCGGUGUGUGUGUAUCUUCUGAUACCCUUGAUGGAAACAGUAGCAGUGCCGGAUCUUCUUGUAACUCACCAGCGAAAGUCAGCACUACCACCGACUCUCCUGUGUCGCCUGCCCAAGCGGCCUCUCCAUUUAUUCCAGUAGAUGAACUUUCAUCUAAGUGA